GGGCAAGUUCCCACUAUUCCACUCCUGUUCCGAAGCCGGCCUCUCAUCCCUCUUGCCCCGCGCGUAAGCAGCGCUUACCCUCGGAAGAGGAACCCAAUCCCAUCUUUACAUUCCCUCUUCUUUUAAACUCCCUCCCCUUCAAAUCUCGAACGGCAAAUCCCCAUCUUCCUCUCAUCCUCUCCUCCAUUCCUCUCCUCACUAUCCAAAACCCUUAAAAUGACAACCCUCACCCCCGUCCCCCUCCCCCUUCCCGAGCCCCUAGCCAGCAUCCCCCGCACACCCCUUCUCUUCGGCCCCUCCCCCAUCGAGAAACUAGACCGCAUCACCGCCGCCCUAGGCGGCAAGGUCGGGGUCUGGGCUAAAAGGGAGGAUUGUAAUUCGGGGGUUGCUUUUGGGGGGAAUAAGGUGCGGAAACUUGAGUAUUUAAUCCCAGAAGCUCUACAGCAAGGGUGUGAUACGCUAGUUAGUGUGGGGGGUAUUCAGAGUAACCAUACGAGGGCCGUGGCUGGUGUUGCGAGGAAGGUUGGGUUGAAGGUCCAACUAAUCCAAGAAUCCUGGGUCCUAAACACAACACCCCUCUACUCCAAAGUAGGCAACAUCCAAAUCUCCCGCCUCAUGGGCGUCACCCCACACCUCGACCCCUCCCCCUUCAGCAUCUCCCACGCAUCCUCCCUACAAACCCUAACCACCCAGAUCCUCUCCUCCGGCGACGGCAAACCCUACUACAUCCCCGCCGGCGCCUCGGAUCAUCCUUUAGGCGGCCUCGGCUUCGCGCGCUGGGCCUUCGAGGUCGCGGCCCAGGAGCAGGAGUUGGGUGUUUUUUUCGGGACGGUGGUCGUUUGUGCGGUGACGGGGAGUACGUUGGCGGGGAUGGUGGCUGGGUUUCGGUUUUUGGAGGUUAAGAUGGGGGGUAGGAAAAGAAAAAUUGUAGGUAUUGACGCUUCGGCUAAGCCGGCCGAGACAAAGGCGCAAGUUCUCGGGAUCGCGAAAUUCACGGCGGAGAAGAUUGGGUUGGAGGAGAGUGAUGUGAGGGAGGAGGAUGUGGUGUUGGAUGAGAGGUGGCAUGAGGGGGUUUAUGGGGUGCCGGGGAAGACUACUAUUGAGGCUAUGAAAUUCGGAGCCGAAACAGAGGGAUUCAUCACGGACCCUGUUUACGAGGGUAAGAGUCUUGCGGGGUUGAUGGGAAUGAUUAGGAACGGUGAGAUUGAGGAUGGAGAGCAGGUGCUUUAUGCGCAUCUGGGAGGCCAAUUGGCGAUUAAUGCUUAUGAGGGGUUGUUUGAGUAGAGCACUAAGGGAGGGAUUGUAGUGGGACAGCCAGAGACGCUUGAUGGACUGGUUGGAGAGAUUUAGCAAGUAGCUAUAUUGCUUAACCCCGAAUAUAUUAUUUUCU